UCUUCAUUGGCCGGGGCGGCUGCUAGCGGCUGCGGGGCGCUGGCGAUGGGGUUAAAAGCACGUCGCCGUCGCCCUGUCUAGGCGCCGGCUGGGAGCGGUGAACCUGCACGUCGAGCUGGCAGCCGCAGUCGCACGCCAUGGACAGGCGCCUCUGCCUCUGCCGCGUGGCCGUGCUCCCGAGUGGCCACUUGUGCCUGCUGCUGCUGCUGCUGCUGCUGCUAAUGCUGCCCGCAGACUCGGCGCUGCCUGCCCAACGUCACCCCCCAGUGGUGCUCGUGCCUGGUGAUUUGGGCAACCAGCUAGAAGCAAAGCUGGACAAGCCGACGGUUGUGCACUACCUUUGCUUCAAAAAGACUGACAGCUACUUCACGCUCUGGCUGAACCUUGAACUUCUGCUGCCGGUCAUCAUUGACUGCUGGGUCGACAAUAUCAGGCUAGUUUACAACAGAACAUCCGGGACCACCCAUUUUCCUGAUGGUGUGGAUGUGCGUGUCCCUGGCUUUGGGAAGACUUUCUCAUUGGAGUUCCUGGACCCUAGCAAAAGCAGUGUGGGUUCCUAUUUCCAUACCAUGGUGGACAGCCUUGUGGGCUGGGGCUACACUCGAGGUGAAGACGUCCGAGGGGCCCCCUAUGACUGGCGCCGUGCCCCAAAUGAAAACAAGGCCUACUUCCUGGCCCUCCGGGAGAUGAUCGAGGAGAUGCACCGCCUGUACGGGGGCCCUGUGGUGCUGGUGGCCCACAGCAUGGGCAACAUGUACACACUAUACUUCCUGCAACAGCAGCCACAAGAUUGGAAGAACAAGUAUAUCCGUGCCUUCGUGUCACUGGGUGCCCCUUGGGGGGGCGUGGCCAAGACCCUUCGUGUCCUGGCCUCAGGAGACAACAACCGGAUCCCUGUCAUUGAGACGCUGAAGAUCCGGGAGCAGCAGCGGUCUGCUGUCUCCACCAGCUGGCUGCUGCCCUACAACCACACUUGGUCACCCAAGAAAGUGUUCGUACACACACCUGUGACCAACUACACCCUGCGGGACUAUCAGCAGUUCUUCCAGGACAUUGGCUUUGAGGACGGCUGGUUCAUGCGGCAGAACACAGAUGGGCUGGUGGACGCCACGGUGCCGCCUGGUGUGCCUCUGCACUGCCUCUAUGGCACCGGUGUUCCUACACCAGACUCCUUCUACUAUGAGACCUUCCCUGAUCGCGACCCUAAAAUCUACUUCGGUGAUGGUGACGGCACUGUGAACUUGGAGAGUGCCCUGCAUUGCCGGACCUGGCAAAGACACCAGGAGCACCAAGUGUCUUUGCAGGAGCUCCCAGGCAGUGAGCACAUCCAGAUGCUGGCCAAUGCCACCACGCUGGCCUAUCUGAAACAAGUACUUCUUGGGCCCUGAGUCCUGUGCCAGGCAGGGUUGCUUGGAUGGGUUGGACACGGCUUUCCUUGGCCUCUGAAGCUGUUAGGGAUUAUAAAUUUAGCAAAGUUUGCAACCAGUCAUUCAAGAUCCUGGGUCUUGGGCUAUGAAGCAUCUGCCCUGGGAAGUAUUAUUGCUCAUCCUCCGUCGGUGGCCAUGAACAAGGAAAUACAUGAGUGUGGACUCCAGAGACCCUUGAUGUAAAGAAUGCUGCUGCUGCUGGAACUGUCUGUUACUCAGGACUGGCUCUGCAUGGUGGGUUGGUUGGCACCUGGCCUCAAUCCCCAGCUCAGGGGCCAUGCAUUCCUCUUAGCCCUGUGGGCUUUCCACACUCACCCACUGGGUCUUGGACUUCCCAUGAGGGCUAUACUGAGCUCUGUGACCCUCAGGUGACCCUUCCCAUGCACUGGCCUCAUACAGGCCUGCUACUAGACAUGGGUGGCCGAAGCUGCUGCUUCCCUGUGGCCUCACUGGUGGACAGCCUGGUACCCCCUGCAGGCAGGGGCAGUUUUAUUUUCCAUGGCUCCCCAGGCUUGGGGCAUUCAUUUCAUUCCUACCUCUCUCGCCUGCAGUAGCAGCCCAGUUGUGGAUUGGGCGGCAGAUGGCCACCAGGGGCUCUGAUCUCUCUGGUUGUGCUGUGGGUUCCAGUAUUAAAUCUGGCUUCCGUGGCUCUGGGACUGUGGUUGAAGAAGAGCAGGGCCCAGUGCCCUGGCAUUCUAGGUACCUAUGGAGAAAGGGAACUCUUGAGGCUGCCUUGAGCUGCCCUCUUGUGAACCCCACUGCCAGCUUGCCAUACAGUCUCAGCACCCAGCUGGGCUGGCACAGGGCUGAAAGGUGCUGGCGCUUCUGCUCAGUACCUGCUAAUCAGUCAGUGGUUUUUAGAACAAAGGGGUGAACCCAGAGAUUUAAGUGAGCCAGGGGGCUACGUCUCCCCAGGUCUGCGGUCUGCUCCAGGGGUGCUGGAUGGGUCUCCCCAUGAUAGCAGGGAGGGAGAGUCUGAGCCUACUUACUGGCAGUAGGCUGUAGAUGGGUACCUGGCCAGAGGCUGAGACUUAGGUCCAGCCUCAAGACUGAAGUCUCAAAACCACCGUCAGGCUGGACUGUGCCUCUCUCCCGCAAGGUUUCUUGGAGCUGGAUUUUUGCUGUUGUGUAUGUGCCCAGCAUCUGUCUCCUUUUGUCCUGAGUGAUGGGCUCCGUAUGGGGCUUGAGCAGGAUGUACCUCGAUUCUGGCAAUAAAGUAUUCUGGAUGCUGUAAG